AUGAAGUCGGCUAUUCUCACAACUCUGAAAAUUAAUAGAUCGUUUUCUGAAAUGUCUUUUGCAGAAAAUAUCAGUUACUUGCAGGACAGAUGCAGGUACAUUGAUGCACUGCAUUUUCAAGGCCCUGGUAUGUUUACCAGGGCCAACAAAUCCAUAUUACAAGGACGCGAUGUCUUGAUAAAAGAUGAAACCACGGACGCCAUGGAAGUGUAUAACGAUUAUGUCGCCAAGAUUAAGUCUGAGAACCUGGAUUUGAAGAAAAUUCCUGAAUCCAGGGGCAUGGCGAAGUCGGAUUCCAAUUCUCAGCCAGUUGAGGUCUUCGAUAUAGAUGCGGAUGACAUCCAGUCCUUAUACAACCACGCUUUGAAGGCCUUGGAGCUGCCUUUGGCUAAUGGCUCUAUUCUCAAGAACGGACUCGAUACAUGCCGUGAUGUGCAUGCAACGUUGAUGUUGGAGGUGACUCAACUCCAGGAAGAGCUGACGUCUCUGGAGAAUGGCCUUGUGUUCGCUGAAAGUUCCAGCACGGGGCUACCGUUCAAGAGCAUCAAAGAGGCAAUCGAUUAUUUGGAAACAGUUGUUUGA